AUGGCCAAAUCAAAAAAGACCAAAUCAAAAAAGACCAAAUCAAAAAAGACCAAAUCAAAAAAUGGCAAGUCAUCUGACAAGCCCGACGCUCGCAAUAUGCAAACACCAGUGUCGCCAGGAAAUUCUCCAGGGGAACAGGCUUCUCAAUCAAAUGACCAAGAUGAUGUCUCAGAUUCUGGCGAUGACAGCGAGGCUGAAAACGACGACACUUCUAGACCUCAAGCAGAAGAGCCGGCUCUUCACGAGUGGGUCAAGAAAAUCAUUCGAGAGAAAACUAGAAGUGAAAGUCCGGAUUUCAUUGAUAGUUUCUUCAACACUCCUUGGAAAGAGAAUACUCUACCAGACCUCAAUGGAUGUGUUCAAUUUUUUACCAAUCUGAACCAACUUAUUCGCGGUGCAAAUCAGCAACACCCAGAAGUCGGCAUUGAUGAUGGGACUAUUCCCGAGCGAACCUACAGCAGCCAAUGCGAAGCAUACAUCACAAAGUUUCAGCGGGCAAUCGAACAUAAUAAUCAGGAAGCGGCUUGGGAGGCAUUUUAUCAAACCUAUGAUACCUUGAACUUUUUCAACAAGAGACAUUUCCUUCCUCUAGAAUGGAACCUCAGUCGAAGAUUGGCAGCGGAGAGAAUCGGAAUCCCUGAUCCGAGGCCUGAAGAACCCAUGGCUCUAGAUGAAGCUGAUCUAAGCGAUUCUGAAGAUGAAGAGAAUGCAACUUCGAGCCCGAAACGAGACGAGUCUAUCAGUGACGACAGGCUUUUUACCCAGGAAUGGAUGAAAGACCUCGACGGUAUCGAUGCAAGGGCCGUAGAGAAGCAGAGACGACUUAACGGAGGAGAGGUUCUUUACUGGUGGCGAGUUGAAGUUGGAAGCCAGAUUUUUGUUCAGUACGGAGAACCACCAUAUUCCAUAUACCGUAUACGCGCGGGCUCCUAUCAGAAUUACGACAAACGCGCUACAGAACAGAUCUUUUGGUCGACAUCUCGAGGUCACGCUAAGGCAAGAACCAUGAAAGAUGGAAUUUUGGUUGAAGAUUGGAAGUGGAAUCGCACUAAUGUGCAAUGCAUUCUCGGCAUUGGAUUCAAAAUUGAAGACGACCAGGAACAUGGUAUCAGCUCAAAAUACCUGAUUAAACCUUCUCAUGCGGCAGGCUGCUACCCACAGACUCGCCUGAUAGUCUUAUGGCGUGAUGGAGAUACCACAUUGGACGACCGAAGCUUCGGCCGCAGAAUAUUAAACACUAGAGACGAUGGAAUAUAUCAGUUUGUUAGCGACAAGGAAAAUGCUUACUGGGAGCGAUAUGCCGAAGAUUCAGAAAGCAACGCGAGUGGCUUUGAUAGUGACACCGACAACGAAAGCGAGAUUGGAAGCCAGAGCGAAAGCGAUACUAGCAGCGAUGAUGACGCGGACAAUAAUACAGACCUCGACCGGCCCAUUAAAUCAGGGAACUGGGGGAGAAAAAUGAGAAUGAGAGGAACGAGGAGAUCCGAAAGCAAGCCAUACAACCGUAAAUCCCCAGGUCGUGAUUCUUCCUAUCAAUCAAAAAGAAUCCGUGCUCUCGAGAAAGAGCUUGAGAGUCUUAAAUUAUCUCAGCGGAAGAAAUCCAAGACACACUACUCCCAAGGUGAUCGCAACAAGCAUAUCCGGCCAGAAAAACCAAGGCAUUCUAAGUCAGACCGUGAGAAGCACGAUAAAAAGUAUCGUUCUCGCUAG